GUGAGUAGGUGUUGGGUGGGAUCAUAUCUGACCAAAUCAAUCGAAGGCAGGAUGACAAAGUUGGAUUCAACACAUCAGAAGAAAUCAACGAGCCGUUUGGAACCAUUCAAUGGAGUGUUAUUUCCCGACACUCUUCUUAUUGUAGACCUUAAGGGUGUCUACCAGUGUCUACUUGCUCGCUCGGUGACCCAAUGUGCCAUUCAAUGCACUCGUUUGAGCAAUUGUUCUCGAUUUAUGGACGAUGGAAAGAAAUGCCAUCUUCUUCAAAAAGUUCCCUUUCUCCAGGAGGUACUUGAUCACGGUCCACUUGUGAAUGUUCAUGAGAUCCAAGAAUGGUCACAUGUUAUGAUUUUGGGCGGCUAUACUACUGACGGAGGCGCCAUAAAUGACAUUGAGGUCUUAAAUCUGAAAACCAUGAAGCAUUGUUCAAAUCCCUUCCAAUUACCCGAGGGUCGCUACGGUGGGGCAACUUACAUUCUGGACAGACACCUCAACUACGCCUUGGGCGCGGAUAACGACGGCGAGAGGACGGACACUUUUCAACUCGAUUUCCGUUACGGAACAUGGAAAACUACCAACCUUUUGACUCCACCAAUGGUUUAUUCCAUAUCAACUCAGAUUGAUCCUUCAAGGGUUCUCUUGGUUGGCGGACAAAACGUUUCGAGAACAACUAUUGUGCACUCCAAUGGAUCCGUAUUUUCCGGACCACCAUUACCGCACGACGUUUUUCGGCAUUGUGUUUUGGGUGUGGAUGAGCAACACAUUUUUGUUGCGGGUGGAGUGAAAACAGGCAUUGGCCGAACCAAAGAUACCCUGGUACUCAAUUGGUCGGAUCAGGUAUGGGUGGCACAAGACCCAAUGGUCCAUUUCCAUAGGUCCGUCACUUGCGACACUUUUUUGGAUGUCAGUAAUCGGUUGAGUAUUCUGGUGGGUCAGAGUUCCUUUGAAAUAUUCACUUGGUCGACGCGGAAAUGGCGAGCAGGUCCCGAUAUGUUGGGGGACUAUAAUUGGGGAAAUAUGGUACGAUUUGAUGGCAUCCUGUAUUUCAUGGGUGGGAAAGAAUCCUCUGAAAAUACUAGGAGCAGAAAAAUCUUUUCAUUCGAUCCAAAACAUGAAACAUGGUCAAGAGUGCCUUUGGAUCUGCAGACUGGGCGAACCAGUUUCGGAAUUGCUAAGAUCCCACCUGGUGUUGUGAAUUGUUAGGUGGAGGCAUAUUUGAAUAAAAGUUGUGGAAAAUACAAUGCCUUUUUUCUACAAUGGAAGUCAAACUUGCACCAUCAGAAUUGAAUUCCUCGAUGCCAUCUUUCAUUUGCCAUA